AUGAGAUGCAAUUCUGCUGGAGGUCUUUCCGUGUCUCCAUCGUCAAUGGGAGCAGUUAAAUCGCGAAAGAGUGUCUCAUCCACUUCAUCUUCUACUUCCAUGGUUAAAGAAACUCAUUAUGUUCAUGUGGAGUACGACCCAAUUACUCGAAAACGGAUUCUCAACACAUACGAAAUUUUGAAAGACCUUGGAUACGGACAGCACGGCAAAGUUAAGCUUGCACGCGACAUAGAUACGGGACAAUUGGUGGCCAUUAAAAUCGUUGAUAGGGCAUCGAAGCCCGGACUCGGCAGAUUAACCCGUCGAGGAUCUCUGGUUUCUCAAGAAGAUAAGAUUAGACGGGAAAUUGCAAUUAUGAAGAAAUGCUGCCAUCCUCAUAUCGUGAAGCUUAUAGAAGUGUUAGAUUCAGAAACCUCUCGAAAGAUUUAUCUGAUUCUUGAAUAUCUGGAGAAGGGAGAAAUACUUUGGCAAAGACGUGACAGCUCUACGGACGAAAAGCCAGAACCUUUUCUGACUGUUAAACAGGCCAAAUGCGUAUUUAGAGAUGUGGUUUCCGGACUAGAAUAUCUGCAUAACCAAGGAAUCAUACAUCGAGACAUUAAGCCAUCAAAUUUAUUGAUCAAUAAGGAUGAUGUCGUCAAGAUAUCUGAUUUUGGUAUUUCAUUUGCGGCAAAUUUGGACGGUAAUGGGUUGUCUGAUGACUUUGAACUAGCUAAAACUGCAGGAACUCCGGCAUUUCUUGCUCCUGAAUUGUGUACCACUGAUGGCGAUGAUGUCAGGGUGACGUACAAAAUUGAUAUAUGGGCUUUGGGCGUGACUCUCUACUGCGUUCUCUUUGGUCAGUUGCCAUUCUCUGGAGAAACAGAGUUUCAGCUCUUUGACGCCAUCAAUAAUGCCCCACUUUGCUACCCAAACAUGGAAGAAUGGAGGGUGUCGCCAAAGAUUCCUGAGCAUGAUUUUGUUCAGAUCAAGGAUCUUCUGAGUGGACUACUCGAGAGAGAUCCUACCAAACGAACUGAAAUUGAGCGGAUUAAACGGCAUCCAUUCUUUCUUGAGGGCUUAGUAGGAAAACAGUAUGAAGAGUAUAUCAGUAACUGGCGUAAUGAUAUGAAAAUCGAUGUUACCAAUCAAGAAAUGGAUGAUGCUGUCAUUGGUAUAGGAACCAGAAUCCGCAAGAAAAUAUCCAAAGUGCUUGGAUUUUCUGCGCACAGUCACUCUCACCUUAGUUCCGGAUCGUCCCCUACUCAAUCGCGUAUUGUCCACCUAAAGCAUGUUUCUUCCUCAUCUCCGAGCUCUUCGACUCUUAAGACCGAUCGUUCGUACAUUUUUUCCGAGGCUCUUAAAAGCAGUAACGAGUCGCAGAUCUCCUUGCAGCGGCCGCAUUCACAAGUUCACAUAUCUCCCUCUUCGCUACGUAAUCAGCAAGCAAACAUCAGCAAAUUUACAGAGUCAACAGACGAGAGUUCUGAGACGGAAAAUGCUAAUGACGUGGAAGACACUUUGGUAGAUCACGAGCAAGAUGAUAAUCUUUCACUCUCUGACCAUUCUUCGAUGUCGUCGACUGAUGCCAAGGUGGUGUUUUCAGCAUCUCCAAAUAUUUCUGUAAAUGCCAGUCCGAAUAAUGCCCAGCCUCCAUCUGCCGCCUGCUCACAAACUUCGUCAAUCUCGGAGACCGAUGACACUGAAACUGCUAGACCUCACAUCCCUGGUGGUGAGAAACGCCGUGUUCCAAGCUUUGCCUCUCUCAACAGUUACUACGAUGAUGGAUACAUGAAGAAUUUGACCUCUGGGAACGGCCAGACUUCUGCUCAACCACUGCCGAAUUUUACUACAGGUGCUCCAAAUGCGCAGUUCAGUAACAUUGGCCGUAUUUCUACCUCAACAGGAAGUCGGAAGAGCAGCAGGAGUACUUUGGAUCAUUAUGGAUCUUUUGUUCCAAUGACAGUCGUACACUCUGCAAUAUCCAUUCCUGAGUAUCUCAAACCGACAGAUAUGGAUCCAAUCGCCCCCUCACUUACGAACGAGUAUUAUUCGAGUAUAUACGGUGGUAAGAAGAUGUUGAAAGAGGAUGCCAAAGGUAAAAUGCGGAGUACCAAGAGUCUUGGCUCUUCUGGUAUCGUUUCUAGCCCUGCUAUUGGACACCAUUCUGUCACCUUUUCUAAUGAUUCUGGAAGUGAGAGAAAUACAGAUAUUUGCGCUGAUAGCACGAGUGCUAGUAAGAGUGACGCAUCUUUGAUAGCUUAUGACUCAUCAAAGCCUGCUAUCCUCGAUAGGGCUGCCAUAUACGGGAAAAAAAUACCUCUUACUCUGAGAAUGAAGAAGCCAAUGAACCGUUCUUCAUCGUCAUCUUCGUCGUCUUCCUCUAGUGGCGAUGAAGAUGACAAUGGCGGUGAACUCAUGCUUACUGUGAGACCAAGAAGACACCCACAUCGAGAAGAAAUCAAUGACCGCAGUCAAUCUUCCCAGCAUGCGCCGGGAUUAUCUAAUGUUCCGGAAUAA